AUGGUGAACCCUACAUCAGUGCUUGUCGCUGCUUCCUUGCUCAUCAACCCUUUCGCCGCGGCUUCGAGAGGAAAUAACGAGUAUGACGCCGAAUACUCAACACCAACCUCAUACACCAACAUCACAUCCAUCCUCGACAAAAUCCAGACACGUGGCUACCUAAAAGUCGGCACAACAGGAGACUACAAGCCCUUCUCCUACAAAGUAACAACCCAAACCGCACUGCCUGCCACACCAACCAUCAACACGACCUACAUCGGCGCCGAUAUAGACUUGGCGCAGUCACUUUCCAACUCCCUCGGCCUCCCACGUCCAGUUGAGUUCGUUCCUACAAUCUGGGCGAACAUCACAACAGACCUCGUAGCGCAGAAAUUCGAUGUCGCUAUGAGCGGCGUCAGCAUCACCUUGGCUCGCGCACAGAAGGUCUUCUUCUCUACUGCGAUUCAACGCGUGGGUAAGGCGGCCUGCGUGCGAUGCGCAGAUCUGGAAAAGUUCUCUUCUCUUGAUGCUAUUGAUACUGCGGGUGUCAAAGUUGCGGUCAAUCCAGGUGGCACGAACGAAGCAUUUGAUCGCGCGAAUUUGAAGGCCGCGACUAUCGUUCUGGUGCAGGACAACAAUGCUGUUUACAAAGCUGUCAUGGAUGGCGAUGCCGAUGCGAUGAUUAGCGAUAUCAUCGAGGUCGAGUUGCAGGUUCGGUUGCAUCCUGAUGUGCUGUGCAUUGUCAACCCCAAUGCGACUUUUACGUUUGAAGAGCUGGGUUAUAUGGUUGGAAGGGAUGUUGUGUGGAAGCAGUAUGUGGAUAUGUUCGUACAUAUCCAGCUUGGAAGUGGUGGGUGGAAUCGUACGCUGGAAAAGUGGAUGUCGUAUAAAUGGCCUUCAGUGUAA